AUGCUGAAUUUAAUCCAGCUGAUAUUUAUGCUCUUUUUGACCAACAUUAGCACAACUGAUGCAGAGAAACUUUUCCAUAAUCGGGAUCAUUCUGAUACGCAGACCCUUAAUUCUCACCGAGCUCAGGCUAUAACAGACAAAUAUGGAUUCAUCAAGCCAGUUAACUGGGAGGAGGUUCAGUUUGAGGAGUCAGAUACCUCUUUCAGCGGUGACUUCCUCAACGAUCUUCAAGCCACAAUCCAAGAGGGAACCUCAGCGUCUUACUCGAGAGCUGCUCAUCGAGCUGGUGAUCAGCAGGGCUAUAACCGUCAAAAUGAGAACCAAGCCUUUAUUUCAGCACUUAAAGAGUUUCAGAGGGUUUCAGGUCUGCCUGUUACAGGGGUGUUUGAUGAGGCCACCAAGUUAGCAAUGAACAAACCAAGGUGUGGAGUCCCUGAUAAAGAGACUGUUCUGACCAACCCUGUCAUCACUACAGAACCUGAGAGCAGUGGUGACUUUGAUUUUGAAAACAAUACCACUGACAGUUUUACUGAGACCAACAGGAACAACACAGCAAGUGACAUAAUCAGUGGCACUACUUUAGGUACUGCAAAUUUCUCUGAAGACGACAUAUUAAAUUUUAAUGAUGCAGACGGUGUGCUCACAGCCAUUUCCAAUGACACCAGCAUGAAUUAUACAACAGAGCUUUUAAAGAUCACUUCUCUAAACAGCUCGCACGACAGCAGACUGGGCAGCCAAAUGGGGAAUUUCAGUGAGAACGCGCAUCAGAGUGAAGCAGUGAGACGCAAGAAGGAACAUCUCGCAAGUCUCAUAUCCAAAAGCAGGCGGAAGAGAGAUUUGACUCCAACUGGCCACAUGGCUUUUUCCAAGAAGGUGUUAAACUGGAGGCUGAUAGGAGAAGGCUACAGCAGCCAGCUGACUAUUGAAGACCAGAGGUACAUCUUCAGACUGGCUUUCAGGAUGUGGAGUGAGGUGUCGCCACUGGAAUUUGUGGAGGAUACACAUGCCCCAUUAGAGGAUGUUGACAUCAGGCUGGGAUUUGGUACAGGAAGGCAUCUGGGAUGUAAUCAGAAGUUCGAUGGCACUGGUCAAGAAUUUGCCCAUGCUUGGUUCCUGGGUGAUAUACACUUUGAUGAUGAUGAGCACUUCACAACUCCCAAUGUUGGCAGUGGAAUCAGCCUUCUCAAAGUAGCAGUUCAUGAGAUUGGCCAUGUUUUGGGUCUACCCCACAUAUAUAGACCCGGAUCCAUAAUGCAGCCCAGCUAUCUACCCCAGGAGUCCACCUUUGAAAUGGACUGGAUGGACAGAAAAGCUAUACAGCAACUCUAUGGAGGCUGUAAAGGCCGGUUCAACACGGUGUUUGAUUGGAUCAGAAAGGAGAAGACACCCUAUGGGGAGGUGGUGAUCCGCUUUAACACCUAUUUCAUGAGAGAUGGCUGGUACUGGCUGUAUGAGAACAGAAAUAAUAGAACACGUUAUGGUGAUCCAGUUCCGCUGCAAACUGGCUGGCAUGGGAUCCCCAUGGAUGGAGUGGAUGCACAUGUCCAUGUCUGGUCCAGGAAAAGAGAUGCUGUAUAUUUCUUCAGAGGUACUCAGUUCUGGAGGUAUGAUAGUGAGAACGACCAGGUGUUUGGACAAGACUCUGAAGGUCACCAGUAUCCGAGGUUAAUCUCUGAAGGAUUCCCAGGGGUGCCAAGUCCUAUUGACACAGCCUUUUAUGACAGGAGGGACUCCCACAUCUACUUCUUUAAAAACAAUCUUGUGUAUGCAUUCAGCGUGGAAGCCAACAACUUGGCAAGAGGGUUCCCAAAAAACAUCAGAGAUGUUUUCCCUCCUGUGGUGAACACAGACCAUCCAGAUGGCAACAUUGACGCUGCCUACUUCUCCUACACUCACAAUGCCAUCUUUCUUCUCAAGGGCAUACGCUUCUGGCAAGUAGUGGGCAGUCGUGAUCGCUGGCGACGGCCCUUUCUGCCACGAAAUGGCCUGCUGCCACAUAAGGAGGUGGAUCAGCAUUGGUUUGAUAUCUGCAAUGUUCAUCCCACUGCACUCAAACUAACCCGCUGAGAGUGUUGCAGCAGAGAUGCGAUAGAGCUUGCUAAAGUUUGCAUAUGUGAUC